AUGCUCUCUUCUUCCACCCCCAAUCAAGACUCUUCACUACCAUCUUUAACUAGAUCUCCUCAGCUUCGUGCUGCUUCAAGUCUGACUUAUCAAUCUCUCGACGGCAAGAUUGGCAAGAAGCAGACAAAAGAACUUGAGCCUGUUUCUUCUUUAUCAGAUCAUCUUUAUGGUGCUAUCAGAGACGAAGAAGAUGCAGAUAGCGUCCAAUCGAGUACUCUGCAAGACUCUGUCAAUACCACCAACUCUUUCACUAAUAUUCCUCAUAAUCUCAAUGACCCAAAUGAACUUUCACUCAAACAGAGACUCCGAUAUUACGUACCCUGCUGUAAUUGGAUGGAUUCUUAUUCCUUCGACUAUUUGAUGCAUGAUCUCAUAGCCGGUGUCUCUUUGGCUUCGUACCAAAUUCCUCUUAGUAUGUCAUUUGCUACAGCCGUCGCUCAUGUUCAGCCCAUCUGCGGUUUGUUGGGUCUUGUCGUUGCUCCUACUAUCUAUAUGUUUCUAGGGACCGUUCCUCAGUUAAUCGUAGGUCCUGAGGCUGCCGUUUCUAUGAUUGUCGGUCAAUGUAUUGAGAAAACCGUCAAACACAACCCUGACGUUUCUCCAAUAGACCUUCUUAUAGUAUUAUCAUCUUGCUCUGGUGCCAUUUUACUUGCUUUUGGUCUUCUGAGGUUUGGAUUCAUUGAUAACAUUUUAUGUGGCUCACUUCUUAAGGCCUUUAUUACCGCAAUCGGUCUCACUAUGAUGAUCAACUCCUCCAUAUCAAUAUUAGGUCUAGAAGGAGUACUAAACAAUCUUCCCUCAUCUAUUCAUGUCCAUUCUCCUUACCAGAAAGUUAUCUUUCUACUUGAAUACUUUUCGAAGUAUAACAAGGCUACUACUAUCAUUGGAACUUCAAGUUUUCUCAUUAUUCUUCUUCUUAAAUCACUGAAAAGGCUUUGUGUUCGUCACAAAGUUCCCCUUGCCUCCUUCUUUCCAGAGAUUCUCGUUGUUGUGGUCUUUGCCACUGUAUUAUCAGCUCUUUUUGACUUUAAAUCCCACGGAAUAUCUGUCUUGGGUAAGAUAACAAUCAAGGGUUUCAAGUUGAAGGUGCCAUUUACGGGUGCUACGAGGCUUUGGUACGGUGAACUCUUUCCUGCUUCAUUUGUAUGUGCCAUACUGGGUUUCUUUGAGACUUCUACUGCAGGAAAAUCCCUCAGUUCGUCGCAUAUGUCCAUGUCUUCCAACAGAGAACUAGUUGCCUUGGGUGCCGUCGGUCUUUCGGUCAGUAUGUUUGGUGCAUUACCAUCAUUCGGAGGCUAUGCUCGUUCCAAGUUGAACGCAAUGAACGGUGCUUAUACUCCAGCUUCAGGUCUCUUUAUGGGUAUUACCACUCUUUUGGUCACUUUGUAUCUGCUUGAUUACAUUUACUAUCUUCCUAUUUGUGUUCUCAAUGCUGUUAUUGCCAUUGUGGGUAUGUCUCUCCUGCAAGAGUCUCCCAAAGAGGUGAAGUUCCAUCUAAGAACGAGGGGUUACAACGAGUUAUUCACUUUCUUUAUCACGCUUGCAGCUUCUUUCUUUUAUUCUAUCGAGAUGGGUGUCGCUAUAGGAUCGUUCUACUCAUUAAUGAGAGUCGUUAGGCAUAGCACACAAUCGAGAAUUCAGAUUAUGGCUAGAAUCGCAGGCACGGACACUUUUGUAAACUCUGAUUUUACAGAUUCACAGCAGCCUCUUCAUUUCAUGUUACCCAAAAGGGUGGUAGUCAAGGGUUAUAAAGAGUUUAGACAUCAGUCGAUGAUUGGCAAGAGAGUUGCAGUAGGAAAUCCAGACCCUACAUUUACUAGCGAUGAUCAGACAAAGCUAGUACCCGAAUUGGAAGAUAGAGAAGGCUGCUUGAUUAUCAAGAUUCCAGAACCGUUAACUUUCACCAACGCAAGUGACAUGAAAUCCCGUCUCAAGCGAAUAGAGCUAUACGGAUCUGCCAAAGCUCAUCCUGGCAGUACGCAGAAGAAGUCUAAAGUUCGUCAUAUAGUGUUUGAUUUGAAUGGAAUGACAUCUUUAGACUCCUCAGCAGCACAGAUCCUAGCAGAUAUAGUGCAAAGCUACAAAAAUAGAGGUAUUAGCGUAUUUUUCUGCCGAUUGUUCCGUAAUAGGACACUACUCGGAAGAUUGGAGGAUGCUGGAAUUCAAGCGAUGCUCGAGGACUUCCAAAUACCUACCUCUGAUUACAACAUCUCUCAGACUUACAAGCCUUACUAUGACAGGAUCUUGGACGCUUUGAAGGCCAUUGACUACAUGGAAUGUGGUCCAGAUUCGGAUGUAGCUAGCUAUGUCUCAUCGAUGAUGCCGUACGAUGGAAGUGUAUAG